AUGCUUUUGCCUUGGUCUCUCGUGCUUUCGCUGCUGGUGCUGCAGACCUAUGGGGCCAUGGUGAAGCCGGGCACUGCCCUGCUGAUCCGGGGGGACCGUGCACAUCCUGGGCAGGAGCACGGGGACAGAGGAGGUGGUCUGGGGCUCGACCUACCAGCCGAUGUUCUGUUGGGGUCACCUGGGAAGGUGCGGCGCCCACGGGAUGGUCACCGGGUCCAGCCAGCCUCAGAAGAACAGCUGACGAGGGAGAGGCUGCGCAGAGGGACCGAGGACGAGGACUCCAAGUCCGUCCAGCAGUACAUGCCGGGGGUAAGGGUGGCGUUCCCCCGGCCCAUCAACCCAGCCAGGCUACAGCCAACCAAGCCCCUGGUGCCAUCCAGCACAGACCCUGCUGAGCACCGAGACAGGAGCCACACAGACCUCCAAGGCACAGACCCCCGUGGCAACCUCCCCACGGUGCUGGACAAGCGUCUGCAGAUCCAGAACCCCCUGUACCCGGUGACGGAGAACUCUUACAGCGCCUACGCCGUGAUGUUCCUCUCCCUCAUCGUCUUCGCCGUGGGCAUCAUCGGCAACCUGUCAGUCAUGUGCAUUGUCUGGCACAACUACUACCUGAAGAGCGCCUGGAACUCCAUCCUGGCCAGCCUGGCUCUCUGGGACUUCCUUGUCCUCUUCUUCUGCCUCCCCGUGGUCAUCUUCAAUGAGAUCACCAAGAAGAGGCUGCUGGGGGACAUCUCCUGCCGCAUUGUGCCUUUCAUGGAGGUGUCUUCCUUAGGUGUCACCACCUUCAGCCUUUGCGCCCUGGGCAUCGACAGGUUCCAUGCAGCAACCAGCCCUCAGCUCAAGAUGCGGCCCAUAGAGCAGUGCCAGUCCAUCAUUGCCAAGCUGGCCGUCAUCUGGGUGGGCUCCAUGACUCUCUCUGUGCCGGAGAUUCUCCUCUGGCAGCUGACGCAGGACACGUCUCCAGUCUCCGGUGUGGUGACCGAGUACUGCACCAUGAAGCCUUCACUGGAGCUGCCAGAGUCCGUCUACUCCCUGGUCCUCACCUACCAAAAUGCCAGGAUGUGGUGGUAUUUUGGCUGCUACUUCUGCCUGCCCAUCCUCUUCACCGUGAGCUGCCAGCUGGUGACCCGAAGAAUCAGCAGCGCCGAGAAGAAGGCGGAGUGCCGGGGGUCCAAGCACGGCCAGUGUGAGAGACAGCUCAACUGCACCGUCAUAGGCCUGACGGUCAUCUACGGCCUGUGCACCAUCCCCGAGAACAUCUGCAACGUUGUGGUGGCCUACCUGUCCCCGGACAUGUCCAAGCAAACCUUGGACCUGCUCAACCUCAUCAACCAGUUCUUCUUGUUCUUCAAGUGCUCCGUCACCCCCGUACUGCUCCUCUGCCUCUGCAAGCCGCUGGGGCAGGCCUUCAUGGAUUGCUGCUGCUGCUGCUGUGAGGAGUGUAGCCAGGACGCGGCCUCCAGCGAGGGCAGCAGCUCAGACAGCAAGCUGAAGACAGAGAUGUCCUCCUCCAUCUUCUUCGACAAGCCCAGGGAGUCGCCUCCCCCGAUCAUGGCCCUGGGCACGCCUUGCUAA